AUGAUCCCCUUUUUAAAUAACUUCUAUGGUGACAUCCCUUUGGUCGUUGAAGCAUUCAAAGCUAUGCCUAAUAUUAUCCUAAAGGCUGACUUCUUCAGGUAUCUGGUGUUGUAUGCCAGAGGUGGUAUUUACACCGAUAUGGAUACUUUCCCUUUGAAAGAUCUCGAUAGUUGGCCUUCGGUAAACAAAAACUUUUUAAACAGUGUUGUCAAAUCUAAUACUGAUAAAAGCAAUAGCUAUAAUUUACCUUAUAAGAAUAAGGAUAUGCAAGUGGAGAGUAAUGAUUUAAGCCCUUUUGGUUGGAAUGAACCUGGGUUUGUCGUUGGCAUUGAAGCCGACCCAGAUAGACCUGACUGGAGCGAUUGGUAUGCAAGAAGAAUCCAAUUCUGUCAAUGGACCAUCCAAUCAAAGCCAGGCCAUCCUAUCUUACGUGAAUUAAUUCUCAAUAUCACCGCAACUACUUUACUUUCAGUGGAAGAAACUGCCAGCUUGUCAAAAUAUAAGGAUUUGAUCGAUCCAAAUUAUCAAAGGGAUUAUAAUAUAAAUUAUAGAGAUAAAAGAUUGCUUGAUGAAAGUUAUAAUCAUGAGGCUUUGAAAAAUUCAGAUAACAUCGAUGGCACAGAUAUUAUGAAUUGGACCGGUCCAGGUAUAUUCUCAGAUAUUAUCUUUGAAUAUAUGAACAAUUUGAUCAACACAAAUAACAAUAUCGUCCUACAAAAUCCUAACUUAGAUAAUAUUGGUGAAAAUAACGAGAAUGAGGUGGCAAAAUCUACGAAAAAAUUCUAUAAAAAAAUCAUGGAGUCCCUUCAAUCUUUUAACACAAUAUCAUGGGAAUUUUUUUCUUUGAUGACUAAACCAGUGGUUAUGGAUGAUGUCAUGAUACUGCCAAUCACAUGCUUUUCUCCAGGGGUUAAUGCUAUGGAAGCUAAAGACGAUACAGAUGAAAUGGCAUUUGUGAAACAUAUGUUUUCAGGUUCUUGGAAAGCUGCUGCUGACAAAAAUGCAAAGAAAAAUUAA